AUGGUAGAGCGACACAACUGCAAAGACAAUCGAAUUAGCUUAUGUCGCAGUUGUGUCGAUCGUCGAUAUUCAGUUUAUCCCUUACCCAAAAACAACGCAUCACAGUCAUCCAAAAUAGAGGCUUUUCCAAGGCUUUGUGCAAUCUUGUUCUUGGUUUUGGCAGCUUGUUUAGUAGGGUUAGAUUCCCAGACAAAGUCAAUUGCAUACCUUGGAAAGAAAUUCACAUCCAAGGACUUAGCUCUCCUAGCUUUGGUGUACGUGGAUUCUGUGGCUGCUGCUUACAAUCUUAUUCAACUAAUAAGCAGAAGUUCUUUCUUAGCUCGGUACAAGGGAAGCUUUAAGAGUUCUUAUAGAUAUAUGGAUUGGUGUUGUUAUUUGUUGGAUCAGAUUGCAGUGUACAUAACAUUUGCCGCAACCUCAACAGUACAAGAGCACUCAGUUUUGGCAGCGACAGGAGCUGAGGCCAUGCAGUGGAUGAAGUGGUGUAACAAGUUCACCAGAUACUGCCACCAAAUUGGUGGUGCUUUGAUCUGCAGCUACAUAGCCUAUGCCUUUAUGGGCUUUAUAUCCUCCAUUGCAGCCCUCAAUUUGUGUAGGCUUUGCUCACCCAAACAGUUUCUGCUCUUAAAGACCAAUUAA